AUGAAGGAAAAACAUUCUUUUUAUUAUUAUUAAGAAUAUGAUUUACUUGAAUGUCUUUCAUAAUGUGUCAUGUUUAUAGAGUACUUAUCUUUCAUUGGUAGUUCCUUGGGGGGUAAUUUGUUACUCACUGCCAGCAGCUUAUCACACCUUUGCUUUGUAUGUCUUUUUAAAGACAAGACACAGAUAUCUGCUGCUUGAAGACUACCCAUCAAUUAUUGAACAUGUUGAUAUGUAUCACUCGACACUUUGCCUCUUUUAGCUGUUGCCAUGACAGAGACUCCUUCAUUAUUGAACAGUUUGGUGUCGAGUUUUUGUACUCUGGGUAUAUUUUCAGUUCAUUUUGGCACGUCAGGAUGUUUUUGUUUGAUAAUUGCGCAGUAAUUGGCCGCGGCUUAGGCUGAAAGAAGAUGUCCGGUGUUGUCGAUUGGGGCGUGAAAUGUGAAGUAUUCUGGUGUUUCAAUGGAGGGCUCCAAAGUGAAACAGGAGACUGUGAGGACGGUUAGGUUCAGAGUCGCGUCUGCCAAUAGUGGACGUGUGUUGGCUGAGGUGUUCAAGGAUGAGACCCCAUGGUGCGGCUCAGCGUCUGAGCCAGUGGACUCGGACAGCAGCGGCGGUCCAGGGGCGCAGCAGAAGGUCUCAUCUGCCCCCAGCGAGGCCAACAGCCACCUUAAAGGCCUGCUGGGUGACUCCUCGAUAGAAGAGAAUGAUGGCGAAACUGACGACCUGCUUUUGUAUGCUAGUGCCAAGAGAGAGACGCUCUUCAGCAACACGCGACUCAAUAUCUGCAGCAAAAAUGGAACCAUAAGAGGCGUGAGGAACAAAGUGAGCGCGGGACAAGUGCUUUUCAACAACCUCUCCAAAAUGUAUUCUGGACCACUACGUCAUCAGAAAAGGAGACCUUGGGAAAAAGAUUCGAUUCUUUAGAAUUGAAGAAAGACAAACACAGUUGCUUUCACG